AUGCCAACUCAUAAUCGAUAUCCACCAGGAGUAAACCCAUACGCUCCAUCAACUUCUUCCAAAACACCAAGGACACACCGACCCAACCUACCGUCCAGACCGAAUUUGCACGCUCCGAAAGUAUUGCUGGACGAUGCGGAUAUAGAAGAUUUUCAUCCUCCCGAAUGGAGGACUGUAUUGAACUCUCGUGUUGAUCUCGGUUAUCCUGAUUUCUACCCCUCUAGACCUGGAUUCGAUCAGCCCGAAGAUGUUUUGACAGAGGAGAAUGUCAAGAAUGGUUUCUCAGGGAGGAACUUCAUUGCUGUGGGGGCCGAGGUGUUCUCCAUGCAUGGCCCAAUACAUAAUCACCUAACGUCAGGAGGAUUAAAUCUGCUUCAGAACCUAGGGAAGGAUUUGAUAGAGAAAAGGCAAGAAAUGAUGCCUAAAAUUGGUGAAAGGUCCUUCCGUAUACCUGUCCGAGUCACUUACAACGAUACCAAACGACUCCAAUUCCUCAACGACCUGGCUAAUCCGAAUGUCCCUUUAUACAAGUUGAUGAGGACUCCUGUCCCGCACGGAUUCAAGGGGAUCGAGUUACUCGAUUCAAUGUUCUCACCUAAUAUUGGACCUAUGGGACCAGGGCAUAGUAGAACACCCAGUGGAAGUAAUAACAAUGCCAAAAUCCUCUCCGAUCCCAUACCUUUAGAUAGGGCAUUGUGGUUCAUACGAGUUUUAGGAUCCAAUGAGAUUUCAGCUCAUAGAAGUAGAACUCAGCCCCAACCUCAACAUCACCAAAACACAAAUGCAACCCCGAACACACCUGUAGGUGUCAGCCCUGCAGCACCCACCCCUUCUUCGUCUACCACUAUCACUACCACACCUACUCUACAGGUUUCAAGCAAUGAUUGGUAUACUCAAGAAUUCACCAAUACUUUCAUAUCUUGGUUGAGAGUUCAAUUUGGUCAACUGUCUUUACCAAAUAACAACCCUAAGACAAACGUAGCUAAACCUGGUGUACCACCUCCCAAAUCAUCUGCGGGGGUAUUAGGCGAUGAGAAACUGAGGAGCAGAUGGUUGUCCAAGUGGGAUUACAGCGCCCAACUCAUGCGAAAACUGCAUCGGCAUCAACUUCUAUCAUCCCGUCUACUCAGUGGCUGGAUGGCGGAUUUCUUAGGAUACGCAAAUCUAGCUCAAUUAGGAUUUCUUGCCCAGCUGAUAGGAGAGUAUCUGGAGGAUGUGACUAAACAUCUUUGUAAUGCUCGACAAUGCGUCAGAAACGCGUGUGAAAAGCUCAAAGAGAUUCGAGCUUCGCCUGCAUCAGGCUCAUUAAUCAAGGUCGACUCCAUGCUUACUUCCAUUGUCAAGUCAUUGUGCGAAGCCAAUCAGGAAACACUAUUGAGCCCUACGACCUGGAAAUUGCAUUCGGAACUACUAACUACGAUAUUACCCGAUCAACGACCUAGCAUCAGGAUACGGAACGAAGCUUUAUGGUUCAGAAUAAAUGUGGACGAGAGAUCUUCUAGUCCCAGACGUCAGCAGAUGGCAGAAAUGCAGAAACUCGACUCCAUCUGCGAAGACACCAAUAUGCUUGAACUGACACGGUCUUUCUUUGACGGUACAUCUUCGCCCACAGAUACUGCGCCUGAUUUAUCACGACUCGAGGACAAGGUAUUCAUUCUUCUUAACUGGGCUAUGGGUUUAUUCCAACUAGGUAGCCAUCGACCUUACGCCGUAUAUACCCUGCUGAAACAUUGGCACGAUCAACACGAAGAACACCAAGCGAAGCAAGCCAACCCGCACGUCAUUGAUCUGUUUCCAAUAUUGUACAAAUGGCUAGAUACGUCUGCUGCAGCUCGGAAAGACGAAAAUGUGCAAGCUAUUGGAAUCACAGUUGGAGAGAUAACCCGACAAGGCAUGUUCUCUUACGGCAGGUAUCUUCAGACACUUAUUGCAAAAGGUCAAACAGCUAGAAGUCAAGUAGCAGGACAAGCACCAUCACAUCAUCUAGCCAUGCUCAAGGCUAUGCCUAUAUUCGCAGUUGCCAAAGAUCUGGUUCAGCAACGAAGAAUUGCUUUAUGUGGAGAUAAUCGUGAGAGUAAGAUAAGGGAAGAUACAGAAGAAAAUAUUCUGAUGGAUCAAUUCAGAGAUGAAGUGAUGGAAUACGUCCCAGAGAACAGUGCCGUUCUUCGCGAUGUUAUCGACUAUCAGAUACCUUGCUCGACCAAAAUGACUAGAUAUCUAUACGUCCAAGCUAGAUUUUGGCUUGCUCCCGAAGCUGGGAGAUACCUACGAGGCGACCAACAAACACCUCCAAUGGACGCGUCCACCUUCUCUCGGGUCAUGCAGGUCUUCCGAACCUGUCGAGGUCACGCGACUAUGGCGGAUUUCAUCAUUCGGGCUCUUCAAGAUUCAGAGGAUGAGGAGGUACUUGAUGUGAUCAUUGAUAUCGUUAGGAGGGAUGCAGACGUAUGGACCGCGAUGGACGGAUGGUCGAGACUUGGUGAUAAGUUGUUGGAUAGAUAUCAUACCUUACAAACUCAGGGCAAAAAUCACCUGAGAACAUUGGAACUCUUAGAAUAUCUAGUCAAGAAAGGUAGAUUGACAUCGGAUGAGGAGGAUGAAGUGAAACUCAUACAAUCGGAUUUACCGAAGUCACCCUACCAAGACUUACCUGCGAAGCUUGAUUUCAAAGAAAGUCUUCACGGGAUGCAACACAUGCUUUCGUCUGGGAAAGAGGAGAAUGCCGCAGUUCUCGCACCUAAACUCUUUGUUAGACAUGGAUCUUUCGGUAAUUGGUCGAAUCAAUGGUGGUCAACGAUCAUUGAACAUGUCCAACAUCCUUCGUCACAUGUAUCAUACGACGCAACACUUCGAGUAGUCACCUCACAUAUUGUUAGCGUCUGUAAAGACGUUCAAGAUCAAUUAGAAACCGUCAUAUCAGCCUGGUUAGAAAAUUUGGCACCUGCUGCUCUGGUCGAUAUGUUCGGGAAGCGAUCAGGUCUAUUGAUCAGUCAUCUACUGUUAGAUUUGGUCGUGAAGCGAUGUCUCUCGACCUCGACACUACUAGAAAGGCUCAUUUAUCCAGUAUGGAGAUAUGCCUCAUCAGUCAUCCUCACCCCUCGUCGACGGUUAUCCGGCAAACAGAUACAAGCGGUGACCAAUUGUAUCAAUGUCGCAGCACAAUUACUAGUGUCCCCUCCGCUUGUAUCCACCCUACCUCCUUCGAUACCUACUCAUUCUCUUAUCGUGCUCGCCUAUCGCCAAGCAGUCUUUUGCGGAACCUCUGUGCAAAACUUAAUUCGACAUCUCCCUCUAUUUGUUGUCCUACAAAAAAGUGCUAUGUUAUCGGAAAAUACAAACUCGCUCAUAUCAUCCUUGCUGCGUUGCCUCGCUAUGACAGCUGAGUUCAAGACUGCCGCCUUUAGAAAUCUCAGCGUGCUUAAAGAUACUUUCUUAUCUACUGAGUGGAGUAAACCAUCUUCUUGUCAUGGGUUGGAAGCUGGUAUGGAAGAUAUUUUGAAAUUGAUUAUGUCGGAGAAACCGCCAAAUGCAUCUACACCUGCAAGUAAAUCUCGCGUGACGACUUUUGACAAUACUGCUCGAUUGAGUGCUUGGAGAUGGACCAGAAUCGUACUUGAGAUGCGAUCUGAUUUCAAGGGGUUGGGGACUCGAAUCAACAAUGGUGAAGACGUGGCAGAAACUAGACAAACCUUACAUCGUCAGGUAUCAGCUACGUUGGACAGGGCAGCUACUGCGGAUGACACGGAUUUACUAUGUGAAGCGUUCAGAGGGAUGGACAGUGUUGUUACUCAAGAAAUCCUCGUAGCUGGUUUAGAUAGGUUAUCGAAUUUACUUAGUCAAGCGAUUGGAGCAGAAACUCAGAAUCAUCUAGAAGAACAUGUCAAGAGCAUCCAACAGAUAUUAAGAAUAUUGGAUAGUACCUUUCAUCAAAGAUCUUCCGAUCCUAUAAAUGAGAAUACAAUAUUAUCGGCAAGACACAAAUUAUUGGAUUUGCUGACUGUGGCAUUACAAUCGAUCGAAAGGCAAUUAUCAGAUAACGAUUUGGUGAUUCAUCAUGAUAUCUCGACACCACCUCAACCUGGUGAAUUGUUGAAAAUGGUUUUGGACCUUUUGAAAUUUACCUUAGGGUUACUGGUGAUUGAGUCAAAUUCGCCUACGACACCGAAACCGAACUUUCCCAAUUUAGCGGUAGGGUUCUUCAAAGUCAUGCUGUCAUGUCAUGAUGUAUUAGACGAGGAGUCUGCCCAGAUGAUGUCUGACAUGUUAUCGUAUAUCAUCGAUAGUACACCACCUCAAUCCAGGAUAUCCUGUCAGACCGCCUUACUUGGCGAAACCACUUCUUCCAACGUUCAAAAUAUCCUGUCAUCAAAACCUAUCUUGGCAAGUGCUUUACCGCACUUAUCGCCCCUGAAACGAAAUAUGGCAUUGUUAGCAUCUUCCACUGAAGAUGAAGGUAAUGGACAUAAUCUAGACUCAGUAUUGACGAUGGAAGAGAGACGAUGGGAAUUAUUCGAACAGAUCAAUCCUAUUCCUAAGAAACCUAAUCAUCAAGAUUUAUAUCUGGUCAAUAAAUCCAGUAUCAAAGAUACGUCAUCAAUAUCGAUGGGGUUGUUCAAUCCCAAAUUCACUAGGGAUUGUUUACCUAACAUUGCGAAUCAUUGGAAAAUCCCCUCCGAUAACGAUCAAGAGCAAGAUGAGGAGCAUGAUCAGGAAGAUGAAGAGGAAGAGGAAGAAGGGAAUUUACCAUGGGAAAAUUACGCUUCGGACCGUACACUUGGAGAUGGAUUUAAUGAGAGCUUAUUCGAAAGACAGAGAUCGACGUUGUUAUUUAACAAUUCAGAGGAAUUGGGAUUGGCUCAACCAAAUGUUGGUUCUGAUGAUGAUGAUUUGGAAGUUGAGAUUCCCUUGGCUUUAUCGCUUUCGGCAAGUAAGAAAAGAAGGAUAUCAACUAGAUCGCAAACCUCGCCUACGAAAUCGAACACCAAACCGAAAGGGAAAGGAAUUGGAGCUGGGUCAAACAAGGAUCCAAUCUCGAUUGAAGAUAACUCUUCUUCCGAUGAGGAUGAUUCAGAUGACGAAGAAGACGCAGAAGUAGUCGAAGUGAAAAAUCAACCUUCAAAACGACCUAGGACUACAUCUACGUCAACAGCUGGUAGAAGACCUUCUACGAGUGGGAAAGCACCGGCUAAAGCUACUGCGACUGCGAGGAAAAGCGUAGGAGGGAAGAGUGUAGCGAGGAAAAGUACUGGUGGGAAGAGUACGAGAGGAACGGGUGGAAAGGCGCCGAGAGGUAGAAGGAGAUCGUCCCAGGUUGAAUAA